UUUGGUACAAACAGCCAUUACUGGCAAUUAGUGAAGAAAGCCCGCAAAAUAUCGUUUCAUAUGUUGACGAAGCUUACGUUUUCUCCACUCUACUUUCACUGUCAACCUCAAACAAACAAAUACACGCAGGCAACGCAAAAUGACUUGACACGAAAAUUCUUAAUCAAUAACUAACAAGACUUGUACAUAUUUUACACUUCCUGUAAGCUGGUACCUUUCUUUAUGUAUCGACCAGAGGAAACGACUAGCUUACUGUACUUUCACGUUUUUCUUCCUUUUUUCUUUCUUUCUUUGAUUCUGCUUUUUUUUUCUUCUUUUUUUGACAAUAAUAACUAGUUCACUAUGUGAUUCAUACAGGCUUCAGUUUAAGUGUUACGAAUAAAAUAUCAAAUAUUUCAGUUAUCGAAAACGUAUGCACGUUUAUGAAAUAAUAAUGAUAAUGAUGACAAUGAUACUGACGGUGAAUCAGGUGAAAUCCUAUCGGGAAAAAAUGUUUUUCGUAGAAAACAAAGAACGCGUAAAAAUCUGUUCGGAACUAACACAAACACGAUGGAAUAUUAGUGAAGAUUUGGCGCUUUAUUUAUAGGAUUCAUUUUGCAUUGUGUGUGUGUGUGUGUGUGUGUGUGUGUGUGUGUGUGUGCAUUCUACCUCUUUCAUGUUGGGAUCCAUGUACAAAAGGCAACACAAAGAGCGGCACUUCUCAGAUUAGUUGGCGGUGUAUCUGCGUGUUUAUAAAAAAAAAAUAAUAAAAAAAAAAAUACAAGCUGUUUUAACAGUAUUGAUGUGUCUCAUGCAAUAUGCGUGUGUCUGUGUGUAAAAUCAGGUGGAGGUGUGAAGCGUCGCGGACUCACUCAGUGUAGGAGAUGCAAAGCAUAAACAGCGCAAUAAGCAGGUAGCAAUAGCACACAGCUGAGUUUGUGUUGGGGGGGAACAACGUUGUAGCUUGUUCUUUGUACUAGAGUCACACACGCACCUAUUUUUGUGUACAUAUAUACAUCCAUAUAUAUAUAUAUAUAUAUUAUAUAUAUAUAUAUAUAAUGUGUGUGUGUGUAUGCAUGUAUGUGUAUGUAUCUUCCCGUCUGCAACAAAUUCAGAUACUUCUUUCUACAUAGUUUUCGUUCAUGUGUUAUUUUCGUCUGCUCCAGUAGUUUUUUUUUUUUCCUCCUAAUCUUCUCAUUAGCUGAGGUGGGCAAAUCCCUUUUCCGUGCAUGUUAACGUGUUAUAUAUAUAUUAAAUUUUACACACACACACAAAUACACACACACGCGCACGCACACAUACAUAUAUAUAUAUAUAUAUAUAUAUAUAUAUAUACGCAACAAUAUUCCAUUUACUCAACUGCCACUAGUUGAACAAGCUAAAAUGGGCAUAUAUCAAAUUACAUAUCGCUUUUGAUGAACUGCUGGAACGUGUCUUAUUCCAGUACUCGAGGAAUAAAUUAUUUUCGGAUAUACUGACGUUUUGUUGAAAGAUGGAGAAGUAGUAGGAAUAUUAUAACUCUCCUUCUCGAAGGACUCUCUUGUCAUUAUCCCCGAUCGUGUCUGCCAAGCAAUAUGUGUACUACUAUCGAACUGUAGUAAUAUGUUAGUUGGAGAUUCCUAUCUGCUACUACUACAACAAUUUACUUGUAGAUAUUCAAACAACUCACGUAUUUAGUGGAGAACGAGAAUCCAGCAGAUUAUAUUUCCUUUUUUUUUUCUUCUUCUCUUUCUCUCUUUUAUAUAACAACCUCAUCCAGUUUAAGUGAUUUAUAUAACAAUCAAAGACCCGAAGAAUGCACCUUCCUUUCUCCUCUUUUUUUACUUUGUUGAUACCGCCACUAUUUUUUUAGUGUUGUUGCCGUUGUUGAUAUUGUUACUAACGCUUCUGGCUGGAAUUAGUAUUGAGAUGGGAACAUGAGGAGAAAUAACACACAUAUGCUUUACACAUUUAUAAUUUAUAUACACACGAAUAUAUGUAUGUACAUAUAUGAAAUUUGAUAACACAUUUUAAUUCUGGCAUCAAAAGUACUAGCUUUUCGGAUGCGCUUUGCCUUGUCACUGUUAAUUAUCGCUGUCAUCUUUACUCCUACCUGGAAUCUAUAUUGUUCACACCUGACACGUGUGUGUUUUCCGUUCACUAUAAAGAAGUUAAAUUAUUUUUCACAUCACCAUUUUAUUAACAACCUGUUUUUACAACAACAGAUAUGGUUAUUAACAGCGGGUUUCACAAAGUAAAACAACCAAGUUUACUUAAAAGCCUUCACUAAACAACAGUAACCACCCUUAAUAGGUGCCGCCUCUUACAACUUGACGUUGAACUGUCACUGGCUUGAAGCAGAAAAGUGUUGGAUUGGCCGCUUGAAUCUUCUUACCUGCGUCGACUUGUUUAGGCAAUUCAGUCUUUCAAAGCCUAAGUAUAUCUAUUUUAGUUUCAUUCUUCAUCCAUAAUGUUCUGUGUUGUGUUUUACUGUGCGAUUCCCGUUUCUCACCACACGAAAUACAAACCUUCACGGAGGGGAUAUGUACACCAAUAUUUUGAUAUAAACAAUAUAACUUAAUUCAAUUACAAUAAUAUUACCAUGCAAACAUGAACAAAAACACCACGAUAAAACAUUUCUUUCUGACUGUUUCCUUCACCAGAUAAUUGAUAAACAAAAUAAACGCGUUUCUAUUUCAUUGCUGGGAUGCGAAGAAAAGGUGACAUUUCAUACAUACAGAAAAAAGUGAAGAUUAAAAGAAAAAUAUCAUUUUGUUUUUAUUCAAGUGUUUUUAAGAAAAGAACAAUUUGAAAUAAGGACAUCCUAAUUUCAAAUCUCUGCGUGUAAAUAUAUAUACACAUAUAUAUAUUAUAUAUAUAUGUUGUGAAGGAAAACCAAGCAGCAAGUUCCUCGUUCACCCCAGAUACUGCUCUUUUGUGUAAUAUGUCGCUCAAUAAUUGCUCCGACCUUGGUGAUCCAAAAGCCAACACCUCCUCUUAUGAUUACAAAUGCGAAGAUCGACAAUGGAAUGUAUUUCUUAUGUCCAGUUUGAUUACCUUUUCAUCGGGGUUAGUUGUUAUUAUUAUAUGUCGGAUAGUUAAUUUACUGUGUUGUCGUCACAGAAACAAUCCAAAUGUCGCGGCGAACAGUAAAUCUCUGGCAGCAGCUGGCCAAGGGGCAGCUGCUGCUGGACAGAAACCUUUUCUCAGGACAUCGGACCCUGAAAUCGGGUGGAUGACUGAAGCUAAAGAUUGGGCGGGUGAAUUAAUAUCCGGACAAACUACAACAGGACGAAUCCUGGUUGGUUUGGUGUUUCUGCUCAGUAUUGCAUCAUUAAUCAUCUAUUUCAUAGAUGCAUCAGAUGGACAAGAUGUUGAAUCCUGCAGACCCUGGGCACUGAGUACAACUCAACAAGUUGAUUUAGCAUUCAAUGUGUUUUUUAUGAUAUAUUUUUUUAUUCGGUUUGUUGCUGCAAAUGAUAAACUAUGGUUUUGGCUGGAGCUUUUCUCUUUUGUCGACUAUUUUACAAUUCCACCAUCUUUUGUGGCCAUCUACCUAGACCGAAAUUGGUUAGGUCUUCGCUCCCUGAGAGCUUUACGGCUUGUGUCAAUUCCCGAUAUUCUCCAAUAUCUCAAUAUUUUGAAAACCAGUACUAUGAUCCGGCUGACACAACUCGUGGCAUUUUUUGUAAGCAUGUGGUUGGCUGGAGCUGGUUUCUUGCACCUGAUUGAAAAUUCCGGUGAUCCUUUCUUGGACUUCAAAAACCCAAACAGUAUGACGUAUUGGGAGUGUUUAUACUUUUUACUGGUUACAAUGUCAACUGUGGGCUUUGGAGAUAUCUAUGCCAAAACAGUUCUCGGCAGAAUAUUUAUUGUACUAUUUAUCCUAUGCUCUUUGGGUAUAUUUACAAGCUUUAUUCCUGAAAUUGCCGAGAUUAUUGGCCGGAGGCAGAAGUAUGGCGGAACAUAUAAGAAAGAAAGGGGCAAAAAACAUAUUGUAGUGUGUGGCCAUAUUACAUAUGACUCGGUCUCAAACUUCUUAAAAGAUUUCUUACACAAAGACAGAGAAGACGUGGAUGUAGAGAUUAUAUUUAUUGAUACGCAACUCCCUGAUUUAGAACUUGAAGGGUUGCUUAAGAGGCAUUUUACACAAGUAGAAUUUUUCCAAGGCACGGUUAUGGAUGCCAAUGAUUUAGAAAGAGUAAAGAUUCAGCAGGCAGAUGCAUGUUUGGUGCUAGCAAAUAAAUACUGUGAUGAUCCUGACCAAGAAGAUGCUGCAAACAUCAUGAGAGUAAUCUCAAUCAAGAAUUAUCAUUCGGAGAUUAAAGUUAUUGUCCAGCUGUUGCAGUAUCACAACAAGGCUUACCUGUUAAACAUUCCCAGCUGGGAUUGGAAACGUGGUGAUGAUGCCGUGUGUAUUGCUGAGUUAAAGCUAGGGUUUAUUGCUCAAAGUUGUUUGGCUCCUGGUUUCUCGACACUAAUGGCUAAUUUAUUCACAAUGAGGUCUUACAAACCAUCUCCUGAUAUGGCGCAAUGGCAGAAUGAUUACAUGAGAGGUACUGCAAUGGAAAUGUACACAGAAUAUCUGUCCAGUUCAUUUAGUGGGAUGACAUUUCCAGAAGCAGCAGAGUUAUGUUUCACGAAACUGAAACUCUUGUUGUUAGCUAUUGAAGCACGUCUUGGUGAUAGCAGAGAAAGUUCUCUUGCAAUUAACCCAGGACCCAAAAUCAAAAUAGAAAGAGCAACUCAAGGAUUCUUCAUUGCAGAAUCUGCUGAAGAAGUUAAAAGGGCUUUCUAUUAUUGCAAGACUUGCCAUGGAGUUGUGACAGAUGUUCGAGCAAUUAAAAAAUGUCGAUGUCGACCAGUUGCAUUAUUCCGAAAAGGAGCAUCCGCAGUUCUAGCAUUACAAAGAAGGUCUGAAUUGGUACACACAGACAACCAAAUAGUUCUAUCAUCAGUGACAAACAUGCCAAACAAGAAAGAUAAAGCUGCCGCUAGUCCAGGAUCACAAAUGAAGAAAAUUUCAAACAUAUCAAACUACUCGAAAAUUCUGGAAGAUGUCGAGGAAGGUGAUGAUAGAAUGCUGGCAAUUUCUGAACAGCCACCUAAGGGAUCACGGCUAGCGAUGAAAUUACCUUCUUUCUGGCAACUAAAUCCUUCUCAGCCCACCAGUCCAUCUAAAGGAACUUUACAAGCUUUAGACAAAGGAAACUCUGCCAAUUUACCCCCUGAUAUGAAUGUUGUGCCUGGAGAGGAACCUCGAAAAUUUGAUUCGACAGGAAUGUUCCACUGGUGUCCAGAACGGUGUAUUGAAGAUGUUCUUAUGGAUCGAAAUCAAGCAGCACUAACUGUACUGUGUAACCAUGUUGUUGUGUGCUUAUUUGCCGAAGCAUCAUCUCCGCUCAUUGGUUUGAGGAAUUUAGUCAUGCCAUUACGAGCAAGUAAUUUUCACUACCAUGAACUCAAACAUGUAGUUGUUGUUGGAGAUCUUGAAUAUCUCUGUAGAGAAUGGAAAAUGCUUCAGAACUUUCCAAAAAUAUCAAUAUUACCAGGCUCUCCUCUAAACAGAGCUAACUUACGUGCAGUAAAUAUUAAUCUGUGUGAUAUGUGUGUGGUUCUAUCAGCCAAAGAUAAAAACUUAGACGAUCAGCAUCUUGUAGAUAAGGAGGCCAUCCUCUGCUCACUCAAUAUCAAAGCUAUGACAUUUGAUGAUAGUAUUGGCCUUAUACAAGCUUCAGCCCCAACAGGUUUUCUUCCUCCUGGUUUCUCCCCAGUUGGUAACCAACAACAUGCUCCUCGGAGAGGGUCACUAUGUGGAUCAAAUGUUCCACUCAUUACAGAAUUAGCUAAUGAUUCUAACGUCCAAUUCCUGGACCAAGAUGAUGAUGAUGACCCAGAUACUGAACUUUAUAUGACACAGCCUUUUGCCUGCGGUACUGCAUUUGCAGUAAGUGUUUUAGACUCUCUCAUGAGUACGAGUUACUUUAAUGAUAAUGCACUAACAUUGAUCCGAACUUUAAUUACUGGUGGUGCUACUCCAGAACUAGAGCAGAUUCUGGCUGAAGGAGCAGGAAUGAGAGGUGGUUACAGCACUCCAAGUAUCUUGGCUAACAGAGACAGAUGUCGAGUUGCACAGAUUUCAUUAUAUGAAGGGCCACUAGCUCAAUAUGGGGAAAGUGGCCGUUAUGGAGAUUUGUUUUUAGCUGCUCUUCGAAAUUUUGGCAUAUUAUGUAUUGGUCUCUACCGGUUCCGGGAUACUAGCGCUACUGUGAAAAGUCCAUCAUCAAAACGUUAUGUUAUAACGAACCCAUCACAAGAAUUCCCUCUAUUAGCUACAGACCAGAUAAUUUGUGCUAUGGGGCCGUGUUCGCAAUAUCUCUCAACUGAUGACUCUAUAGACCUUCCAGAUAAACCUGAUGAGGUAUUUUGUCUUCAACCAUUCAACAUUCUUGAAAAAAAGAUGAAGAAAAAGAUGCCUCGUAACCUUAAAGCUGAAGGAAACUCCUGAAUGCUAUGAAAAAUUAUUUUGUAUAAUCUUUAACAGUUACUUUCUUUAAUGAGUGGUUCAACAACCAUACCUUCACCCACCACCCCAUACACACAAACCACCACCACCAAAACAAAAGCGUGUAUAAUAAAGUGAGGGAAGAGAGAAACAAGAUGAAGAGCAGAGGAGGGAAGUGUCGGAACAAGAAUAUGCUUAUUUAUCAUGACUUUUAAAAGACAGAAUUGAAGGACAUGAUGUUUUAUCAUUUCUGUCUCCCUCUUUCCUUCCUUCCCUUUUUCUCUCUAUCUUUUUCUUUCUCUCUACCAUUUCUGUCACAUCCUCCCCCUCUCUCAUUCCCUCACAGACACACAUUCUGAAAUACUGUUUUAAAUAUGAUCUUUAAAAUACGUGUGACCCCCCCCCCCAAAACCACCACCACUUCCAUCGCCUUUCCCAAAUCUCUUAUGCUAUCAUCUACCAGAAAAUGCUUCUUAUCUCUCUCUCUAUCUCUUCUUUUUCUCUCUCUCUCUCUCUCGGUCUCUCUUUCUCUCUGCAUCUCUCUCUCUCUCUCUCUCUUAUUUAU